UAAAAACUGGCUGUAUUAACUACACACAAGUAUUAGUAAUACUUUUUUGAAAUUAUAAUCACUGUUAUUCAGUUGAAGUUGCUCAAGAGAAGGAUUAAAUCAACUGCAUUCACUGUGAUGAAUGGAUGCACCUUAUGCUUUUUAUAUAGAAACACUUGAGAAUUUCAGGUGACUUGGAUUGUGACAAUGACAAUGUAAAAAGAGAGUAACCAGUUGGCAGAAUUAAAGCACAGUUUCUUUCAAUAACAAAAUUUACAGCUCCUUUAAGUUGGAUUGUUGACAGAAUUUAAGAUAGAAUGACAUUAUUGAAUCAAGCAUUUUACAUACCUUUCAGCAAACACCUACGAAAAACAAACACGUUUUCUCUAUAAAGCCAAUAUUUUGAAUCAACACAAUUAAACAGAGCUUUGGACAUUCGUAUAUUUUAUUGGUAUAUUGUAAAUCCCCCAUAAAAUAUUCAAAACGAAAAUAAAAAACCGAAGCCAUAUAAGAGUUUUAUCUUUUAAAUCUUGAAAUAAAUUCUGUUUCGGUUAUUUUCAACUGCUCGUCUUAUCAUAAGCUAUUGUGAAAUUUUAUUGAUACUAAAAAGCGAGAAAAAUAAAGAACUGCUUUAAAAAUAAGGACUAUACUAGCGAUUCCUGUGCAGGAUAGUUUUAAAUAUCGGUCUAUAAUUAGCGCCGCGCGCGUACCAGAUUCAGCUGCGGGAUCGUAGAGGAGGGAUGUAGAAAGGUCUGAUACAAAACAGAUCUCCCUCAGUCUAUAUAGUGGUGACUGGAAAACAAGGAGUUAAGGCUGACUGUCACGUGAAACAAGAUCAAGAAGCCAGAUUCUAACAAAGUCAACAUAAGAGCGUGGUUCCUUUUCUAAGCUGGAUUCAUUAACGUUAGGACCGUGAACAUUAUAACCUAUUUGACUGUGACCUCAGAAUCUCCAGAUUUAGUGUCUUGAAUGACCAAGAAGCUCAUCAGUGGAAUAUAUGGAACCUCCAAUAAACUGGAAGUUCAUUAGCGCCACAGACACGGGCUCGUCUGUAAUGGCUAAUUAAGAGGAAUUACCGAGUGCUCCUAUACCUGACCACCCAGCUGAAUACAAAAAACUGUAAGGUGAAGACCAAAGGAGCUAACACCUCUACUUGUAACCAAUAUAGGAAGAGUUGGGAUUUUUGCUAAAACAAUAAGCACAAGCCUUUCAUCAUGAAGAUCUUAAGAUCAUCUAUUUAAAACUAAUUAAGAAAAAGCAAAUACAAUGAUGGAUGCAAAUGAAAUAUUUGGGAUUUUUCCUCGGAUGAAAGGAAUCAAACUGUUUCAGGAGAGAUGGACAAAUUAUGCCUGGCUAGUUAUUCUCUCUCUGCUCCUCUGUCAAGUAGCAGGCUCUCGUCGGAGAAUCCCCUUUUCUAAUCAGUUUGUCCCCCUAGAACCGGUCAUUUUGAACACCACUAUUACUAACUACACGGCAAUAGCCGGUGAAACUGCAGUUUUGUAUUGUGCUGUUAGGAAUCUGGGAACCAAAACCGUGACCUGGAGGAAAGCCUCGCCGUCCGUGCCUCUGACCGUAGGUCUUUUUACGUACUACGGCGACCCAAGAUUUCAAACUCAUCACGUGAUACACAAGAAACAAUGGAAUUUACAUAUUAGGAAUGUUAGUGUGAAGGAUUCUGGAGGGUACGAGUGUCAAGUCAGCACGAAGACACGCGACAUCAGGAGGGCGUUUUUUCUGUCAGUCAGGGAGCAAACAUCAUCAAUUCAUAUCACGGGUGAUACUUAUGUUAACAAAAACGAGAAAAUAGUUCUCCUUUGCAAUGCCUCGAGUGAUUCGUACCCUCCAGAUGAGCUAGACUGGUUUAUGAACGGUCUCAAGAUUCUUACAGACCCAGACGAAGGAAUUAAGAUAACCAAUUCAGUGUCACUCAAAAGCAGGACCAUUUGGAGCGAACUUGUCAUUGAACAUGCGCGUAUGAAUCAUGGAGGAACAUAUAUUUGUCGGACGUCCGAUAAACUGGUGACAAAUAUAAAAGUUAAUGUUCUCAGUGAUGACAAAACAAACGUUAAGAGAGGAACGUAUUCAAAGAAAUUUAUUUCCUCUGAUAAUGGGUCACCAGAGGAAGACCAUAGUGUCUCUAGACAUUGUACAGAGCCCUGGAUAGUUCUCGUCUUAUGUAGCUUAAUAAUUUCCACUGCUGCUCUCUAACAAAUGACGGAUUGUGAAAAUAUAUAUAUGAAAAAUAUAUAUACUCAAAGCAAAAAAGAAAGAUGACAAUAUUGAAGGGACACGUGGUAUUGAAAGCUUUACUUCCAAAAAACUGACUGCUGCGAAACUCAGGUGCUAAAGACAUGUAUCAGUGUCUAUCAGCAGCACUUUUUGUAUAUAGAGAUGUAUUUAUGAUAUGUCUUAUUAUAUUUAAAUGUGAGCAUGUUUAAGUUCAGGUAAUCUAGUGUGACAUUUGUGUUCCCCGCCUCCUCAUUAUAAUUAUUCUUGUAUUAAAAUGACUCAGAGCCAUUAUAAUCUUAUAUUUUUAUAAUAAAACUUGAAAA